CAUUAUCAGCUUUAAAUAAUAUUUUAAGUUUUUUGACUAAUCUACCUGAUAGAUUUGCUGUUGAAUUAAAAAAUCUUAUGGAAAUUUGUUCUUUACGAAGUCAAGUAAUGCUACAUAAUUUUAAUAGUAAAAA